CCGGCAAUUGACAUUCGACAAAUCUGUCAAAAUUCUUUGUUCCCACAUGUCAAAAUAGGUUUCGAUUGCCUGGACUAUAUAUUUUAUUUUCUCAAUGGAAUCAUAAAUAACAUAAAACUAUUUCCUAUUUUAGAAAUUUAUGUGAUUGUAUCAAGAACCAUGCGGUCCACAAAGAAAGAUUUCAUUUUCGAGCCCUUCAAGCUUACUGAAGUUAAGUGUCGCGGUAUCGAAAGCCCUAGGCCUCGAAGUGGACACAGGAUUGCAUGUGACGAUUCACAUAUAUAUUGUUUUGGUGGAUACAAUCCAUCAUUGCCUCUCACUAAUCUUCAGAGGGAUAAUCCUACGUGGAGUCCGGCGCGCCCUCUCUUCAAAGAACUUUGGAGUUUUUCACUAGUUAGUCGAAAAUGGAAGCAACACAGGGUGGUCGAGAAUAUGCCUGAUGAAUUAGCGUCAAACGCUAUGUAUAUGUCUGGCAAAUACUUAAUGAUUUUUGGUGGUACUGGUGCUCCGUUUGGCAAUAAAUGCAGUAAUGAUGUGAUUGUGUGGCGGGCGGGCCCUGGUGAGGCUAAACUACGAGUAUUAGAUGUAACGGGCGCCAAGCCACCUGGCCAAUAUGGGCAAUCAGUAUUGUGUCAUGAUGGUUACUUUUAUACAGUAGGUGGCACCAAUGGAUUCGCUUAUAAUUGCGACAUAUAUAGAUUAGAUCUGCGAUCACUAGUUUGGGAAUCCGUAUAUGUAGGAACAGGUCAGGAUGGUGAACCUAUUGGCAGAUACAGGCAUGAGGUAGCCCGUGUGGGUGAGAAACUUUACGUAAUUGGUGGAGGAACUGGAGAAUGGGCAUUUGAACUGAUGGAAAUACCCGUAUUUGAUUUAGAAACUAAAAAAUGGACAAUAUUGUCACCUAAACCUGAUGAUAGUAAAAAAGACAUAGUGUCUCCAUUGCCAAGAAAAUGCCACAGUGCUGUGCAGGUUGACACACCACAUGGAGUCCAAGUGUUUGUAGCAGGAGGAUCGGAUGGCCAGGCAGUGUUUGAUGAUAUCUGGCGACUCAACAUAUCUGACCUGCAAUGGACACUUAUGCAGAAAACUGUUUUACCACAUCUUUAUUUCCACUCAUCAGCUGUUACUUCAUAUGGGUGCAUGUACGUGUUUGGUGGCAUAGAACCAAAAGAUGAUGCCACAAGUAGGAACAAUAUUUUAUAUAAAGUGUGGUUAUGCAUACCAAAGUUAAGUGAAAUAUGUUGGGAAGCGUUAAUUGCAUUUCAUCCUAGAUUAUACAGAGUAAACCGAACACAUCUGUUAAAUCUUGGUAUACCAGGACAUUUUGUAAAUAGGAUACAUCCUCAGUAAAGAGUAAGGACAUUUUAUACAAUAUUAUGUUAAUAAUUUUGUAAAUUUCAAUAUUUAUGUCUUAAGUUUAAAUGUGUUUCACAAUGAUAUUUUGUUGACCAAUGUCAAGUGAUUUAAUUUUUUGACAUAAUAUGAAGUUUUGUGUGUGUGACAGAUUUGUCACUUCUAUUGUUUUAAUGAAUCAUGUAGAAGAAUGAUUUGUGUUAUAGCAUGCAGUUGUUUUUGUAUUAUAUCAUGAUUAAUGUCAUGUUUCACAAAUAAUUUUUUAUCAUCUUGUUACAAAAUAUUAUUUUCAGCUGCAGAAUAUACAGCUUAUUGUUUACAUUAUUUAUCACUACAUAAAUAAAGACUAUUUUAUGAUAACUAUUACCCCACAUUUUGCCAUUAAUCACGCUACUUUAUAAAGCAUUUUGGCGAAUUUUUUUAUUGACUUCUUAUUGUAAUUAAGUGUAUUUAUUACAAAGGUAAUAUGCACUACGAAAAUGUCAAAAGUCGUUAGGCCAAAAAUAAAACCUAUUUUGAUAAUUUAUGUUUUUGUGUGUAAGGUAUUGGUUCUUGUAAUCAUGUAUUAUGUGCUUGCUAUUAAUAUAGGAUCGAAAGGAUAUAUAAAAAAACAGUGUUAAGAAGAACAUGGCAUUCAGAAUAUUUAAUUAAUAAACUACAUUAGACUUAAGUUUCUGCAUAUUACUAGUUGACGUCUACAUAAUAUACUCGUAUAAAUACAUUAAAUAAUAGUAGAAUGGAAUUCGUGUGCCGUUCGUUGAUGUUGAGCAACUUUAUGAAAAGCAAUAAUGGCUGGCAAAAAAGAUUCAUUGUAUGAAAUGUAUUACAUGUAUUUGAAACUAUGAUAAAGGAAGAAAAAUAAAGGGGUCUCAAAUAUA